GGUGCAACUCCGCCCGUACUUAUCCAGAAACCAGGGUCACUCUACAUGCAAAAGGUGCCUGAAGCAAGUUCACAUACGCAGCCAUCAUCUCUGGAUACACCGACUAGUACAACGCCCCCCUCGCCAAGUACACCGUCUCCCUCAGCAAGUACAACGGGCCAAUCGCCAAGUACAACGUCCCCCUCGCCAAGUACAACAAACACUUCACAGACUUUUCACUUGUGAUCCGAGCUUAUUAGAUGUCGCUCAAUUGACACCGUUCACCGACAGCUCAGGGAAUCCUAUCAGUGUGUAUUGCUCCGAAAACAUAGGCUCUUGUGGAGCCGGGCUUUGGGCGCUGGUCAUGAAGAGUGUUAUGGGAAGUAAAAACUUGAGUUACGACAGCCCCUACUGGACCAACAAGUUAUCGCUGAACCCGCAGUAUGGUGGCGAUUAUCUUGCUCAAUUUGACAUGAAGCUCCCCACUUACUGGGCGACUCCCAUAACACAGGGAGUAUGCUUAUUGUUCGCAAGUUCUACGUCGAAUUCUCUUCAAAUACCCCUCACGGCCAAUUCCCUGUAUGACGUCAUAUCCGGUGGUUCCCACACGGCCACCAGUUUAGAUUGCAGCACAGAAUGGAAGAAAUUGUUAAAUACACCACCUCUCUCUGACUGCGGUACUCAAGGAUUCAACUCACAGCACUCAUCAGGUACGAAGGCGCGAAUCGGUGCGGUAGCGAGCGAUGGCAAUUCCAACCUUGGAUUUGGUCUGGCGGGGGGGUGGCUUGGUGCCGACUCUGACGUAGAAGCCUUUGGUAGCUUUACAACGGACCCUGCAUUAAGUAAAAAGAGUAAUCAAUAUUCAGUGUUUGUGAAAUGAACUGGCUUGCUUAAACAAGAAAUCAUGUCAGACGCAAUAUCAACAAUGACAACACUCAAGUCUGGUUGUUAUCUAUACAGUUGGUCCACUAGAUUUUAGAUUAGAUUAUUUCUAGCAAGGCUUCAUGUAAACAGCAGGGGACUUGAGAUCACUUGAGAUCACGUGACCUUCCUGGUGGGCAAAUUUAAAACAGAAUAAUCAAACAAAAACAAACAGAAAUGACUGAGCCUGUCACACCAGAGAACGACGGAAAAUAAAAUAUUUUAAUGAAACUAAACCUUUUUGAAAAAAUAGCAUUCUGACUUUUUUCUUAAGGGGGGAUUACAGUCACAUUGCGACCAAAAAUUGAGCAUUUUUAAAAUAAAUAUUUGAAACCUUUAAAAUAAAAGAAUAAAGGCAUGUUAUACAUCAAUGGAAUCAUGAAGGCUUUGGCUUUUAUUAUAUACUAAUGUCAUUAAUAUAUAACUAAUUUUGAGUUAAUUAUUAAUGGAGUACUUGAAGUACCACAAAAUGGCACCCCUCACUGCCCAUUUUUCUAGCGGCUUUGGUUUAUUAAAUAUUCUCAAAUCAAAGAUUAUUUUGAAAAACAAAAUGGUAGAUUUAUACAAUGAAUGAUUUAGAUUUCAAUUUUUAGGAUCCAGAAUUUAGUAACAGCUCAAUAAAAAAAUUGAAAAGGCAAAAAAAGUAAGGAUUAUUUUUUGGUGAGCAACUGAUAUUCUAAAUCAUUCAUUGCAUAGUAAAUACAUAAUAGAGUUCUCCCUGAAAAUAUUAGCCAAAAAUAUCAUUUAUUAGAGAAGUUAUGAGAAUGGGCAGUAGUUAACCCAGCGGAAAACCACAUUUUGAGAAAAUGGCCGUUAAAGUUAAAAAUCGUGAUCAUUUAGCAUUAAAUGUUCUAUACAUGUA